CCUUUUAAACCCCUUCCUUCCUUCCUGCUUUCUAUUUUAUAUCUCUCUCUUCUUAUCAACAAUCUCUACCUUUGAUAUAUAAUCACUCCAUAUACCACUUUCAAAGAACCAAUUCAACUCAUUCCAUCUCAAUCACCAAUCUACCAUCUACCAUCUACCAUCUAAUCAAAAUGCCUUUCGAAGCCCAACAACCCCAAGCUCAACAGAUGGAGAUGUCCACUACCAAUGGUCCCAUCACCGAACAACCUCGUCAAAAUGAGGGUAUGAGCGCCGAUGUAUCGAUGCGUGGUGGUGGUGGAUGCUGCGAAGCAUGUCUCGCCUGCUGUCUCCUCGAGGAAGUCUGCGCUUGUUUGAUUUGUGAGGAGUGCUGUUGUUAAACGCGUUUCUAUGGGGAUAUAUACACAGAGAGAUGCAUACAUAUAUGUAUCUAGAAUAUAGAUCGUACACCUACUGCGAUGGAGUGGAGAUGAUUGAUACCCGGUUGUUUGCGGAUGCGGAUGCGGAUGUAUAUUGCGAUGGAGUUAUAGAUAUGAAUGCGAUAGUAGAGGAUACGGGAUGAGAGGGGAAACUAUGAAUUUCGAUGUUUUUACGCGGAUGAUGAAUUGGGGUCGAUGAAUGCGAUUAGUAUGAUGCAGGAUGGGUAGAUUUUUCUGCUGGAUGAGGAACAAGCAGAAAUGUAUUUUGCGAAUAUCCAAAUAUUAUAUCUGAUUUUUUAUCCUUUAUGAAUUUCUACGUUUUUACUU